AUGUUAGAAAUUCCCGUCGAAGGUGAGGAAGAUGGCGACAGUACGACUUCUUCCGAGACUGAAGGUAUUGUUUCGGAUUCACCAACAACUAGUGACAAGAUCUCCCAUGGACAACAACCUCAAUCAAAUCCAUCUUCAAACACCUCACUUUCAUCAUAUUUCUCAAGCAAUACCGAAUAUGUUACAUUACCACAUUGGUUGAAUUCUGAUGAAGCGCUUCUGUUUCAAUUUGACCAAGAGCGAUAUCAUUCCAGCUUGCAAUAUGAAACAGCUUUGGACAGAAAAUAUGUAGAAUACAUCGAGUCCAAUUUUCAAACAAUUCAAGGUUUGGCCGAAAAUUUGAAAUUGAUAGAUGAAGAGAGUUUGCUUCAACCAAUUGGUGUCAUCACAAGCCACAAUGAGAGGCCACAACAACAAUCCAAAUCUCAAUUAAUCGACGACGCUUUUGCUUCCAUCGCGGAUCAUUUGAAUUCAUGUUUUGCUGAGGAGUCAGUCCUCAAUAAUAGUGAAGCUUUAGUCGGAAAGUUCAACUACUUACUGAUUUCAUUAGAGUGUUUAAGGGCCACCUGUUUCAGUAGUGACGUCAGAAGACUUCCUGAACUUAUUGUUCAAUGGGUGAACAAAUUCGACCCUCAGCCGUCACCUGAAUUGAUAGAUGAGGUCAUGACAAGCACUCCCCAAUGCUAUGCACACCCGUUGUUUUGGAACACAUUGAUGUCGAAAACUAUUUGUAGAGGCUUGUUUGAUCAGCUGUGCAAUAUUCUCGAGCAUUCAAAAUACAACGAACUCGAAGGAGAUGAAAACGGUUUGUACCAGGCUAUAAGUAACUUACAGACAUUGCUUUCAAGUUACACACCCAUGGCGCUAAAGGGCCAGUUUCCGCAGUGGAAAUUACUUGCUUGUAAGUUUCGUGAUGAGUUGGCAUUGAUAGAAAUUGCAACUGGCGAUCAAACCAAAAGGGACUUUUAUCAAAUAAUGCGAAGUCAGAUAUACGACAUUGCUUGCAUCUUGACUGGGUUUUCUCAAACUAUCGCAAAUUAUUGCGAUACCUGGUGUGAAUUGUACUUGGCUUACUCGUUAUACCAGAUUCGCGAUGAUGCAAGCGUAUACCAGGAGUAUUUCCAACAAGCCAUAAAGGAGAAGCCACCGGCUUCGUAUCUAGAAAAAGGCGAAUUCGCAGAUUAUGAUGAAUUGACGGAGUCAUGCCUUUUAAAGAUUUUAGAGGGCAGAUUUUUGAAAGCCCUUGAGGGCAUUUUUGAAUUGGACCCAGCUACUGCUGCAUACAUUUCAUUGCUUUUGGAACUUAAAGGGUACUUGAAUCCAUAUUAUUCUACUGAUAUACAUAAGAACAGCAAUUUGAUGGAAUUGUUGGACAAGAAGAAAAUUUCAGACUAUUUUUUACUCAUCCAUGCUUACAAUUGUUUAAAUGUGCACCCUCUUGUACCUGUUGGUGUUGGUCUUUUGUCGGAUAAAGUACUCAAUCAGUCGUUGAAUGCUUUGGAAAGAAAUAGGCAAACGAUUGCUCAAUUCUUUCCUAAGUAUGAAGUCAAAGAUGACAGCGACCAAGAAUGGGCGUUGACUGUGUGUGCUGAUUUACACUUGAUUUCAACUGCAAAAGAUAUGUUUUAUCAAGCCGGUCUUCGAGCAUUUCAUCAAAACUAUUUGUACGAGGCUUUGCAAAACUUCGUCGAUUGCUAUGAUCCUGACAAAACAUCGGGUUCGUACCACAAAGAAGGUUUAGAACAAAUUCGGUACAUCGUUUGGGAUGUGAUAUUCGCCGAUUGUAUUGUAUGCAAUAAGCCAAUAGAAGAUGAAUUGAUUAACGAUAUUGUUGAUCAAAAGGUUGACUCAGAGAUUCAUCCAAUCAUUCAGCAGUGUAUUUCGCCGUAUGCCGUAUUGAAGGAGUUUUUUGAUUCAUUAAAAAUUGGAAACUCAAAUCCAUCAUUGUUGGUUUCGAGAAUUUUUCAUCUUUUGAAUUUCAAGUAUCUACCAGAAAAGUUCAAGCCUUUGUUGUUGUGCCAGUUCCUUCCAUUCUUAGAGGGCGCGUCAAAACUUCGCCAAUCAGACUUGUUCAAAAUAAUUGAGUUGAUUGAAGAUUACGAAGAUGAUAGAAAUGUGCAAACUAAAAAGGAAGGGGAUGAGCUCUAUGCUGUUUCAGUAAACCACAAAGAGGAGGAGGAACAGCUAGAGCCUUAUGAUUGGAGACGUACUUCUACAAUACCAACCACUUUUAAUGAGAUGAUCAAGCUAUUAAGACAAAAGCUAACUAUCCAACUAGGGCAAAAAUUUAUAGACUAA